CCCCCCCCCCCCCCCCCAGCCUGCCUUACCACCCCUCCUUAGCCAAAGCCUCUUCAGGUUCUCUGGGGUGCUGCCCGUCCCUCUUUCUGGGGCCCCAGCCCCUGGGGGGCCCUGUGUCCCACCAUGUCUAUGGCUGUGGAGACCUUUGGCUUCUUCAUGGCAGCCCUGGGACUGCUGUUGCUGGGGGUGACCCUGCCAAACAGCUACUGGCGAGUGUCCACCGUGCACGGCAGCGUCAUCACCACCAACACCAUCUUCGAGAACCUCUGGCAUAGCUGUGCCACCGACUCCAUGGGAGUCUUCAACUGCCGGGAGUUCCCGUCCAUGCUGGCCCUCUCUGGGUACCUCCAGGCCUGCCGGGCACUCAUGAUCACCGCCAUCCUCCUGGGCUUCCUGGGCCUCUUCCUUGGCAUCGUGGGGCUGCGCUGCACCACCAUUGGGGACAUGGUGCUCUCCAGGAAAGCCAAACUGGCGGCCACUGCAGGGGCCCUACACAUGCUGGCUGGUGUCUGCGGAAUGGUGGCCAUCUCCUGGUACGCCGCCAACAUCACUCAGGAGUUCUUCAACCCCUUGUACGCAGGCACCAAGUACGAGCUGGGCCCUGCCCUCUACCUGGGCUGGAGCGCCUCUCUGCUCUCCAUCCUGGGUGGCAUCUGCCUCUGCUCCAGUAGCUGCUGCGCCACUGAUGAGAACCCCACCACCAGCACCCGGCUUCCCUAUAAGGCCCCCGUGUCCGUGAUGCCCCUAACUGCCUCGGAUGAAGGUGACAGCAGCUUUGGCAAAUACGGCAAAAACGCCUACGUGUAGGAGCUCUGACUUGUGGACCCUAUUUCCCUUCCCACUGCCUCCAGUACAGAGAGGGGUCCUUGGGCUGCGCUCCUGGCGGGAGGGGGCAGCCUUUCAAUUAUAACUUAAGACACAGGCCAUGCCCAGUGCCCGGGAUCCCCGCCCAUUUCUGGCCAGGCCCCCCCAGCCACGCCCCCUCGCCCGUCACUCUUCCGGCCCUUCCAAAGACAAGUGCACUCUGGAGAAUUCAC